ACUGCUUCCUACUUCCCUUUGGCAUCUUAGUUCCCUUAUACUAAAAAACAUUUUGCCUCGAUGAACAUUUCUCAAAACAUCCUCAGCCCAGGAGCCUCAGAAGCCCCUACCAGGCCAGCUUUCUCCCUGCAGCGGCUCCCUGCACCGGAAGAUGAAGGCUUCCAUGGCAACCGUCUCCUGCCUCCUCCUCCUCCUCCCCAUCGCCCUGGGGUCUGAGGCUGAAUUCUCUCCACGAUCACCUUACCACCCCGCCGAGUGCUGCUUCACCUACGUGACCCGUGCAAUCCCACGUUGGCGGAUUUUAGGCUAUUAUGAGUCCAGCAGCCAGUGCGUCAAGCCUGGAAUUGUUUUCAUCACCAUAAAGGGCCAUGUCAUCUGUGCCAACCCCAGAGAUGACUGGGUCCAGGACUACAUCAAGGAGCUGGAGAAGAUCUGAGUGACCCAGAUGUAAUGGAGAAGGACCCUGCUCAGAACCUUAAAGAGAAGGGACUGAACACCCAUCCCUACUCCCAACUCAGCCCCAGCCACCUCCCAGGAGCUGCCCUUCCUUGAAUUAAAGACCAUUCAUGCCCUUCCCUGCCCUCAUUCAUUUGUACUGAAUUUCCAUUGGCAAUGAACUGAGCACACUGGUGAGCCCGGCCCGGGGUGGGCACCCUCAGCUUCAAGCCUCACUCUGCAGAAAUUUGGCCAGAACAUGGUGCAAAAGAUGGGCCAGGCCUGUGAUGGAGGUUGUGGGAAGCUGAGCAGAAAGUGAGAAAGAUCACCUUACAAAAUAAGAACCACAAUAAUAUCAGACACCAUUUGUUGUAUCCCAAGCGCGCUGCUAAGCAGCCCGUGUGCAUUAUCUUACUCAAGCUUCACGAACGUAAAGCUAAGAAUUAUCAUCUGAUUUUGCAGGUAAAUCUUCAUAAAGGCCUCUCCAUAG